ACAUCUGGCGAGGACUUUUCUCCGUGCCGGUACUCUUUUCACAAUUCUGUACCAUCUCCCACACACACCCUUCGAAUUUUCCCUCACUUUCCACUCUCAAAAACUGAGUAAAAAAUUGAACAAAUUAUAAUCAAAAAUGAAAAGCAACUGAUCAAAUUCCAAAAUGGAAAUGCAAAGUCAAAUGGAGUAUCCGGAACAGAAUCAGAUGCUUCCUCCAGAACCUGGAAAUUUUCAAGAUCGCGAAGAGCUAAUCAAAUACGUGCGCGAUUUUGGAGCUAACCAAGGAUAUGUUGUGACCAUUAAGAAGUCUAGGAGGGAUAGAAGAGUUAUUCUUGGUUGUGAUAGAGGAGGUGUUUAUCGGAAUAGGCGAAAGAUUGAAGAAACGCAGCGGAAAAGGAAGGCGUCUUCUCGUCUUAUAAAUUGUCCCUUUGAAGCAAUUGGUAAAAAAGAAGAUGAUGUUUGGGUAUUGAGUGUACGAAAUGGAGACCACAACCAUGAACCUUUAAAAGAUAUGUCCGAGCAUCCUUAUAGUCGACGUUUUACUGAAGAAGAGGUUAGGCAAAUUAAGAUGAUGACUGAAGCUGGCGUAAAACCACUACAAGUGCUAAAAAAUCUUAAGCAAAGUAAUCCGGAACUGCUGUCAACGCCUAGGCAUUUGUACAACCUCAAAGCUAAGAUCCGUCAAGGAAAUUUGCCAGAGAAAAUUGUUAAUUCAUGGAGGCCUACUAGAUCAAUUCCUGUGAAUGUGAACAGUACUUCUGUUGGAGGGUCAUCAAAGCAAAAUAACCAGCCGCUGAAAGUUCCUAAUUUUAUUGGAGGAAAAUUUGUGGAGUCAAAAGGGUCUACAAUCAUCGAUGUGCUAAAUCCUGCUUCUCAAGAGGUUGUUUCCCAACUUCUGCUAACCACCUAUGAAGAAUUCAAGGAUGCAGUUAUUGCAGCCAAGAAAGCAUUUCCUUUGUGGAAAAACACCCCAGUUGGCACUCGUCAACGGAUCAUGUUCAAAUUCCAGGAGCUUAUCCGCAGGGAUAUGGAUAAGCUUGCAAUGAAUAUUACCUUGGAACAGGGUAAGACACUUAAAGGGGCUCAAGGCGACAUACUCCGUGGUUUAGAGGUAGUUGAGAACGCUUGUGGAAUGGCAACUUUUCAGAUGGGGGAGUUUGUUCCUAAUGCCUGUAAUGGAAUUGAUACAUUCUGCGUUAGAGAACCACUUGGUGUUUGUGCCGGGAUAUGCCCUUUCAACUUUCCAGCAAUGACUCCUUUGUCGAUGUUCCCCAUUGCAGUUACAUGUGGAAAUACAUUUGUUCUUAAGCCAUGUGAAAAAAAUCCAGGGGCUUCAACGAUUCUUGCUGCGUUGGCUAUGGAAUCUGGUUUGCCUGAUGGUGUGUUAAAUAUUGUUCAUGGAACAAAUGACAUUGUUAAUUAUAUAUGUGACGAUGAUGAUAUAAAGGCUAUAUCAUUCAUCAGUUUAGACAUGAUUGGAUUGCACAUACAAGCUAGGGCAGCUUCUAGAGGCAAACGUGUUCAGUCCAGUAUAGGGGGGAAAAAUCAUGCAAUUAUCAUGCCUGACGCAAGCAUGGAUGAAACUUUGAAUGCUUUGGUUGCUGCUGGUUUUGGUGCUGCAGGACAACGAAGCAUGUCUCUAAGCACAGCGGUUUUUGUUGGAGGAUCAAUGGCAUGGGAAGAUGAACUCAUGGACCGCGCCAAAGCACUCAAAGUAAAUGCGGGCACUGAUCUCAGUGCAGACGUUGGUCCAGUUAUUAGUAAAGAGGUAAAGGAUCACAUAAGCAGAUUAAUUCAAAGUGGUGUAGACAGUGGUGCUCGGCUUCUUCUUGAUGGGAGAGACACUGUGGUUCCUGGAUAUGAAAAAGGAAGUUUUGUUGGUCCUACAAUCUUGUGUGACGUAACACUCAACAUGGAUUGCUACAAGGAAGAAGUUUUUGGUCCUGUUCUACUAUGUAUGCAGGCCAAUAGCCUAGAAGAGGCAAUAACCAUCGUAAAUAAAAACAGGCAUGGGAAUGGAGCAUCCAUAUUUACAUCAUCUGGUAUUGCAGCAAGGAAGUUUCAGAAUGACAUUGAUGCAGCGCUGGUUGGAGUUAAUGUUCCUGUUCCAAUUCCAGUACCAUUUUCCUCUUCGCACGAACGAGAGGCCUCAUUUGGUGGUGAUCUUAGUUAUUGCGUUUCAGGAAAGGCAAGUGCGCAAUUUUAUACCCAGAUUAAAACUGUGGCUCAACAAUGGAGUUUGCCUAGCACAGGAGUUUCAGUUUCCAUGCCUUCAUUUGAUAUGGAAGCGAUCCAAGGAGUUUCUACAGUUCCUCCACCUCAGGGAGGCUCACCCAAUGAAAGAGUUUCUCGAGAUAUAUCAUUAGCGUCCGCGAGAGAUAUUCCAAAAUGCAGGGAGCUGUUGCGACAACAUUUACCAAACUCAGGAAUAUCAUGUUUGCCCCAUGUAGUCGAGGGUGAUAUACCCGAUCACAGAGUGUCUCUGGUUUUGCCUACCACAGCUGCAUGGGAUUUAUUGGAGAGCCAAGAAAUGUCUCAAGCAAUGUCCAAAAGACCCGAAAGCAUUUGUAGACCUCAGGCAUCUACGUGGAAUGGAAAUCCACCCGUAAUAUCUCAGAGAAUCGAAGAUAUAUCUGUAACGUCUCAGAGGAAUUUCCUGCCUAUGUCGCUGAGAAACGACAAUGUUGGUUCAUCAUCAAAAAGUAGUGAUACUGCAACAGCUUUAACUUCUGAGCGCACAUACAAAAGUGACGAUAACCCAUUAUGUCGUCGGAAUGACAGCAUGAGUCCUACCUCACGUAGAACAGACGCAACUAUACAUCCACCAUCCGAGAGGUUUUAUGAUAUAUUAGCUGCCUCGCAAUUGAACAGUGCGAAUCAAACAUUUCAAAGGAGCGAGACAAUUCUUUCGACAUCUGAGGGGAGAUACUUACCGGCUUCAGCUCACAGGAACGGCCAUUUAGGUUCGGCGUCUCAUAGGUCUGAUAUUGCAUCACAGCCAACAUCCGAGAGGAUUUCUGUAACUGGAACUUCAGCUGAUACCAUGCCAUCUUCAGAGACGAUUUAUAUGCCGGCAAUAAUUCAGAGAAACAGCGGUCCACGGCCAAUACCGGAGAGGCUAUCUAUGAAUUUGCCGACAUCGGAGACUCGAAAGAUUUAGUUUUACUGACUUGUCAUGUUUAUUUUAUAUAUAUAGGAACAUGAAGGACAUUAAUGUGAAAAUUAAGAACAAAUGAGAUAUUUUUAGCUGAAUUAGCUUUUAACAUCCCGUCUUUAACAGAGUCAGCUAUGGCAGUGUACACUUUUGAAGUUCUGCUUAUCUAAUGUUGAAUUUUGAACAUAAA